AUUGUAUUCGUCUGUAUCGAGUCGAGACGAGAAAUUCAAGGAAAGGGCUCUGUUGAUAGGCGUUUAGUGUAACGGGACUCCGGACAAUACCUUUUCGGCGAAAGCAACAAGUGUCUGGAUAUGAAAGCAUAUUCUGAACUAACUAUUUCUAUUUGAACCGUCCGUUGUAUUGAGAACAAAUACUUAGAUACGUUUUGCUAUAAGUUUGUCUGUUUUGUAUCGUUUCCUUAUUUUUUUUGCAGCUCAUUCAAAAUGAGUAAAAAAUAACAUCGUAUCACUUGUACUGUUGACUAACGUUCCUUGAAUGAAGACAAUGCUCCUCGACCAUUUAGAGCUUGAAUAGGUGCACUGACCAGCUCGCCAUUGUUUACCCGGUGUCGCGGAGGACCACCUCAAAACAGUGAAGUUGUCUUUUUCAAAAAAGUAUUUUCUUCUGAACCGAUCAAAAAAAAUAAAAAAUACAACAUGGCAGAACACGAGAGUCUGGAGUUUGGAAAGGCUGACUUUGUUCUUCUGGACAAUGUUUCUUUGGAGGAAUUCAUGGCUAACCUAAAGCUCAGGUUUGAGAAGGGUCGUAUCUACACAUACAUCGGCGAGGUGGUGGUGUCGGUUAACCCUUACCGUGCCAUGAACAUCUACGGUCGAGACACCAUCGAGCAGUACAAGGGCCGGGAGCUGUACGAGCGACCGCCACAUCUCUUCGCCAUUGCAGACGCAGCCUACAAAGCCAUGAAGAGGAGGAACAAGGACACCUGUAUUGUCAUCUCAGGGGAGAGUGGCGCUGGGAAGACUGAAGCCAGCAAAUAUAUAAUGCAAUACAUUGCUGCUAUCACAAACCCCGGGCAAAGAGCGGAGGUGGAAAGGGUGAAAAACAUGCUGCUGAAAUCCAACUGUGUACUAGAGGCCUUCGGCAACGCCAAGACCAACCGCAACGACAACUCCAGCCGCUUCGGCAAGUACAUGGACAUCAACUUCGACUUCAAGGGAGAUCCCAUCGGGGGCCACAUCAACAACUACCUGCUGGAGAAGUCCAGAGUCAUCUUCCAGCAGGAGGGGGAGAGAAGCUUCCACUCUUUCUACCAGAUGGUUAAAGGAGGUCCUGAGUCUCUCUUGCGGUCCCUCCACGUCUCGAAGGACCCCACAGCCUUCAACUACAUCAAAGUGGGAGGCCACAUCAAGUCGUCCAUCGACGAUGGUGGCGAUUUCAAAGCAGUGGCAGACGCCAUGAAGGUGAUCGGCUUCACAGCAGAUGAGCUCCAGACGGUUUACAAGGUCCUGGCCACUAUCCUGCACCUGGGCAACCUGACGUUUGGUGUGGAUGGUGACACAACACUGAUUGAGAACUCCAAGGUGGUGGCGGUGAUCGGGGACCUGCUGGCCACUAAGGAGGAGAAUGUUGAGAAGGCCCUGCUCUACCGCACUGUGGCCACCGGCCGUGACGUCAUUGACAAGCAGCACACAGCCCAGGAGGCCAGCUAUGGCCGGGACGCCUUGGCUAAGGCUAUGUACGAAAGAAUGUUCUGUUGGAUCGUGGGAAGGAUCAAUGAUGUCAUCGAAGUAAAAAACUAUGAUGCCAAAGUCCACGGGAAGAACACGGUCAUCGGCGUGCUGGACAUCUACGGCUUUGAGAUCUUUCAGAACAACAGCUUUGAACAGUUCUGUAUUAACUACUGUAAUGAGAAGCUGCAGCAGCUCUUCAUUCAGCUGGUGCUGAGGCAGGAACAGGAAGAGUACCAGCGCGAGGGAAUCCCCUGGAAACAUAUUGACUUCUUCAACAACCAGAUCAUUGUGGACCUGGUGGAGCUGCAACACAAGGGCAUCUUCUCUGUGCUGGACGAGGCCUGUAUGAACGUGGGCAAAGUCACCGACAAGGUCUUCUUACAGGGACUCAACAGCAAGCUGGCCAAUCACGCCCACUACACCAGCCGCAAGCUCUCCCCGACAGACAAGAGUUUGGAGUUUGACAGAGAUUUCCGUGUCCGGCACUAUGCAGGGAAUGUGGUGUACUCGGUGGUUGGCUUCAUCGACAAGAACAAGGACACUCUCUUCCAGGACUUCAAAAGGCUACUGUACAACAGCUCCAACCCAGUGCUGAAAGUGAUGUGGCCGGAGGGCAAGCUGAAGAUCACUGAGGUCACCAAACGACCCCUAACGGCCGCUACCAUCUUUAAGAACUCCAUGAUCGCAUUGGUGGAGAACCUGGCUUGCAAGGAGCCGUACUACGUGCGCUGCAUCAAGCCCAACGACGUCAAGUCGCCCCUGCUGUUCGAGCACGAGCGUUGUCGCCACCAGGUCGAGUACCUAGGCCUACUGGAGAACGUCCGUGUGCGCCGCGCCGGAUUCGCCAACCGCCAGGAGUACCCCCGCUUCCUCCAGAGGUACAAGAUGAUCUCGGAGUUCACGUGGCCCAAUCACGACCUCCCAUCGGAAAAAGAGGCGGUAAAGAAGCUGUUGCAGGGCUGCGGCUUCGAGCAGGACGUGGCGUACGGCAAGACGAAGGUGUUCAUCCGCACGCCACGCACCCUCUUCUGCCUGGAGGAGCAGAGGACCGAAAUGGUUGGGAGGAUCGUUCUCUUCCUUCAGAAGGUAUGGCGCGGUACCAUAGCCAGGAUGCGUUACCGGCGCAUGCGUGCCGCCGCCAUCAUUCUACGGGCCUACCGGUGCUUCAAAGUCAAGUCUUACAUCAAAGACGUCAACCGCAAAUUCAAAAACGUGCGCUCCAUGAAGGACCACGGCAAGCACGUCAAGUGGCCCACGCCGCCCAAAGUCUUGAGGAGGUUUGAAGAGGCGCUGCGGAGCUUCUACAACAGGUGGUGGGCGUGGAUGCUGAUCAAAGACAUGACUCCAGAGGAGAAGCUGCGGAUCAGAGCCAAGGGGGCCACCCUGGAGGCCCUCAAGGACCAGAGACCCGACCUGGGGCUGCAGAGGACCUGGGAGGGCAACUACCUGAAACGAGACAGUCCUGACACAGCGUCCUCCUUCACCUUGGUGUCCAGUGAGCUGCAGCGUAAGGACAAGUUCAUGAGAGUUCUCUUCUCCUGCAACGUGCGCAAGAUCAACCGUUUCCACAAGGCAGAGGACCGAGCCGUCCUCAUCACAGACCGCCACCUGUACAAGAUGGACCCCCUGAAGCAGUACAAACCCAUGAAGAGCAUCCCCCUCUACAACGUGACUGGGAUCAGUGUGUCCCCUGGUAAGGAUCAAUUGGUGGUGUUUCACACUAAGGACAGCCGGGACCUGGUGGUUUGUCUAAAGGGCAUGAUGCCUGCCGGGGACAGCCGCAUUGGAGAGCUGGUGGGCACCCUGCUCAGCCACUUCAAAAGUGAGAAGCGGAAGCUGCAAGUGAAUAUCGCCAGUCCCAUCCAGUGCAGUAUGAACGGCAGGAAGUGCACCAUCAUUGUGGAGCCCAAAAUCAACCAAUCACAGCCAGACUUCACUAAGAGCCGCUCCGGUUACAUUCUGGCAGUUCCUGGAAACUAAAAGGGCCCCUCGGGGGCCACUCGGUCUGUGACGAUGACAAGUGUCAAAUGAAGACUACAGGAACCAUAUAUAUGUUAGGUAUAGAGCUGAUUUGUGAACUAGAUAGUUUGGAAAUGAUGCAUGGGACGAUUUGAGCUCUCAGAAUGACAGACAUGCCAAAUGUGUACCUUUUUUGAAUGGGUAUUUAUUUUACGCAACAACAAAAAAUUUCAAUAGGACAUGUAAGAUGUUUAACACGUGCAAAAAAAACAACAUUUCUUUGACAGACUCUCACACAUGCACAACAAUAAUUCAUCAAAGAGUAGAUUUUUUUUCCCACCUCACUUUUCAAUAUCAAGUUCAUAUGUUUAGUUGGGGCAUUAUUCGUUUUAUAUUACGCUAGCUUUGGUUUAUUUGGAUUAGAAUCAGAUUUCGUUAUUUAUUUUGAUCUAAAGUGGAGAUUUGAUGGAACGUUUUUUUUAACACCACCCUUUUGUUUUGGACUAGAGACUCACAGACAGUCCUACAUGUACACAUUGGAAACAAGAACGGGAGAGAAUGUUGUCCCGUGUAUUUCAGGGACAGAACCCGUGUCAGAGGCACAGAUGAGAAGUGUUUAGCCGGUUAGUCACAGGGUGUGGAGUGGGAUGUGUUGAGCAUAUCUUGAACCCGAACGUCACGACGUGCUCUGAGGGGAGCAUUGAAAUCUCAAUUUAAAACCUGUUAUCUGUUCUCUCUGUGUACAGUAUGUACAUUAAUAGUACUCUACAUGCUUAUAGUAUUACGCAAAAUGUCUAUUCCAAUUGGAACUUGCCCCCGCCAGAUUGUGUACAUUUCAUGACAAUAGUUCUAGAUAAUGAUUUAUUGAUGCAUCGUAAAUUACUUAAUCCAUUAUGUCAACAUUUCAGCACGUCUAUGCUAUAUGACCACAGCCAGAUGCUGUACGUUUUCCAUAGACGACACAGCCAGAUGCUGUACGUUUUCCAUAGACGACACAGCCAGAUGCUGUACGUUUUCCAUAGACGACACAGCCAGAUGCUGUACGUUUUCCAUAGACGACACAGCCAGAUGCUGUACGUUUUCCAUAGACGACACAGCCAGAUGCUGUACGUUUUCCAUAGACGAGAGAAAGUAUGUCGACACUGUACCCUCGCUGUACCCUCGCUGUACCCUCGCAAUGCCCAGUGGGUAUUGACUUAGACUGAGGUGGCAGUGGAGGGAUAUUAUGAACACCGCCAUUUCCCAAGAUCCUUGGCCUACUUCCAGUAGUUCUAGUUUCAGUGUCAAAGCACUGCUGCAGAUAUCGCUCUGUCACUUGGCAUUCUUUUCAGAGUGAAAAAAGUUUUCUCCAAUCACUUUCAGAAUUGCUGCCGAGCGCUAAUUGCUUUGAAUAUCGUCCGUAAAAAUCGGUAUUGUAAUUAGUUAGUUAGCGUCCCUCUCAACUGAUCAAAUAUUCCUUUACCUUGCAGCUAUGAUGACCUUGUUCUGUUGGUUAAUAAGCCACUUCAGACCAGAAAAUGUCCCUGUAUUGGGGGGAAAGUUGUAGGCUAUGUAUUGUGUUGUGGCUAUUAUCAGGGACGUCACAGUAGUAUCUCUAACUGCAGGUUUUUAAUAUGUGGCUAGUCCUCAGGGCUGCCUGUAAGACUUGGUUAUUAUGAGAAGGCCAACUAUAGCUAUCCCCCCAAAUCCUCCAGUUAUACAAUAUGUUUUUCGACAGGGCUUCUCUAUUCCACUACUCAUUACAAUGCUCUGUCUGUGACUGUGCGUCACAUCCCACCGAAAUAGGUUUCUCUAUCUCCUGUCUGCCGACAUGCCUGUCUUGUAGGGAAGGAUACUUUUGUCUGAGAACAAAAGCCCAGCCUGGCUGCCUCCUCUCCUCCCCUCUUAUUCUCUAUCGCUCUCUCUCUUUCCCCUCACUCCAUCACGUCUUGGCACUAUGCCCGGGUGGGUAGACUGUGCCACUGCAGAGCCGAGGAGGAGUUUACUCUGACCCCCCCAUGCCCUGAGGAGAGAGGGAAAGGAAGGAGGAGACGAAAGAGAAAGAGAGAGGGAAAGUGCAUCAAUGAAGACACUGAGCUAGAUGAGAUGCCCAAUUUCCCCACUACUACAUAAAUAAGACGGAAACAACACGUGGUUCUUCAGUUGAGUAAAGGAUUCUAAUGGUUCACUGACACUCUUUGGGGUGCAGCAAUAGGGGACUAUUCACAUCCUGAGUCCUCUACCGUACAACCAGUGCAAAUGGGAAAAGGUCAUCAAAGUGAAAAUAGAUGACUUUUUCCAUCACGUUUUCCAGGUUUUUUGGGUUGAGUCUCUUACACUCAAAUGUUCUAUCAGCUGUACCUUACAGUUUGUGAUCUGUGACUCUAGAAGGUGUUGUGUCUGCUGCAUCCUUGUCCCUCAUUGGUUUGUGUUGGGUUUGACUUGUCUGAUCCAAAGCUUUACCUACAAUCCCUUCAAUUUUUUUUUUUUUUUCCUAGCCGGAUAUCACUAACGUUCCUUCAGAAAGGGAUCCCAGUCUAUGCUAUUUCAUUGGGUUUGUUCUGUUGGUAACCCUUUUGAUUACAAUGUGUCCCGUAUUCCCAACUUUUCAUGGUUAAAAUGGUUUAAAUUGUACUGCAAAAACAGAUAUCCAAAAAUGUUAAACUGGGGAAUAUUGGUAACAUUGUUGUGUCUUCUCAUUUCCUUCAAUGUAUUCAAUACACCAAAUAUCUAGAUGAAUAUAUAGAUAGUUUGAUCAGAAAAUGUACGUGCCUAAUUUUAUAUUUUGCAUAUUUAUGUAAUAUAUCAAUAUUGAUGAUGAAAGAAAUAGUGUUUGGACCAAAUCUGAAGGGAACGUCACUGUUUUAUGUUAUAUGCAAGAGCCACAAUGAUAGUUAUUUGAUCAAUCAUUUGAUUAAUAAAUGUAUUUGCUCAAGUUUG